GUAGAACGUUUAUAGUGAAUACAUGAAACAUGGACUGUAUUUUAUCUGAAGUUAUACACGUUAUAACACAUUAGUGCUUUCGACAGUCGCGUGUGCUACUUUAAUCUUCCCACGAAGAAGAAAGAAGCUAGUUGAACCUCGUGAAGCGGGAAGUGACAACUUGCUAAAAUGGACUGGGAUCAAAGUGAGCUGCUGUCUCCUGUGGUCCGAGAUGACGUGGUGUCAGAUGCUGCACGUCGAGGGAGUCGAAAGGUGGCUUUCCACUCACCUGGCAGCGGCAGUCGCGUCAUUGCCACGGUAACGCCGGCCCGCUCCCUGUCGAGGAACACGCCUGCUUCACUCUUCAGACAAGCUGUAACUCCCAGGGUUCCAGACCUUUCUGCCAUUUUCAGUCCCGCGGGCCGAACCCCACACUCCGCGCACACACCGAGAAACGCACUCGGCAGUCUGAAUUUGGAUGACAGCGAAUGGACUAACAGCAUAUACCCGUCCCCCAUGUUGGAGAACAGCAGCUUCUUCACCGAGGACAUCCCCCACCUCAGCUCAGCCCUGCUAGGGGACGAUGACCCCGGAGAGGCUGCGGCCACCAGUCUUUUCCCAGAGUUCCUCGCCUCCUUUUUGAAACAUUCCUCCUCUGCCGUCUUCGAGCUUCUGGAGGAUUACCAGACCCUCUGCCAGGACAAGGUGGAAGCCCUCCAGCCGCUGGUGCUACGAGCGGGUCAGAGCAGUAAGACGGCAGGAGUGCGCUGGCUCCUGCAGCAGGAGAGCCACUCCUGGAGACUCGUCUCCUCCCUCUACAGGGAUCGCGUCCAGUUGGCCCUGGAAGACGACAUGAUGGUCGACGCUGCUAUUCCCAAUGAAAGUGAGAAGGUGGUGGUGAAGCAGCUUUUCCAGCACGACGCCAUCGUACGUCAAAGUCAGCUGGUCGUCGAUUGGCUGGAGAACAUCGCCAAGGAUCAGAUGGGAGACUUUUCAGACAACAUUGAGUAUUACGCUAAAAAUGUCUGCUGGGAGAACACGCUGCACUCACUGAAGCUGAGAAUCAAGAGCACCAAUGUCUUCGCCGUCCCUCUGGUCACUGAGCUGGACCCCGACGCUCCUCUCCGCCAGCAGCGUCCCCUGGUGGACCUGGACCGGGAAGACGACGUCCGUCUGCUGAAGAACCUGUUCACUCUCAUCCGGGCCGGCAUGACCGAGGAGGCUCAGAGGCUGUGCAUGCGCUGCGGUCAGGCCUGGAGAGCAGCCACUCUGGAAGGCUGGAAGCUCUACCAUGAUCCCAACAUCAACUCUGGCAGCGUAGAGUUGCAGCCGGUUGAAGGAAAUCCUCAAAGAGGCAUCUGGAAGGCCUGCACCUGGAGGAUGGCCGAGGAGGAGCAGAUAAACAGAUACGAGCGAGCCAUCUAUGCUAGCCUGAGUGGAAAUCUGAAACCUGUGCUAGCUGUGUGUGAGUCGUGGGAGGACUGCGUGUGGGCGUACUUCCGAGUUAUGGUGGACACGCUGGUGGAAAAGCAUCUGAUGUCGUUGGGGAUGGCGCACGAGGAAGUGGAAACGCUGCCUCAGGAAUACCUGGAAGCCAACUGGACUAUGGAAAAGGUGUUUGAGGAGCUCCAAGCGUCAGAAUCUAAAAGGGUGCUGGAGGAGACGCAAGAGCACUAUCAUGUCAUUCAGAAAUUUGUCAUACUGGGAGACCUGGACGGUCUUCUGGAGGAGUUUGCUGAUUGGCUGACAGCAUCCAAGCCGCUCCCCUCGCACCUACUGCGCUUCAUGACUCACCUGCUGCUAUUCUUCCGCUCUUUGGGUUUGGCCCUGAAGGAGGACGUGUGCGUGGACGUGCUGAAGGCGUACGUGACCCCGCUCAUUCGCGACCAGCGCACGGACCUGGUGGCGAGCUACGUCAGCCAGCUGCCGCCCGACCUGGCAACGGCUCAAUACGCCGCCUUCCUGGAGACAGUCAGCCAGUCGGAGCUGCGUCCCCGCUGCUUGCAGCUCGCCACGGAGGCCGGUAAGAGCGGAAACUGGAUUUUCAACAGCCAGCGGGGUGACGGGCACAUUUGGAGUCAUUUUGUUUGUAUAGGUUUGGAUGUGGCUGCUGUCACCAAACUGGUGGUGGAGACGGUGAGAGAGCGAGAAGACGCCGACUUCACGCACCACAGGCAGACUCUGGAAAUUGGAACCACAAAGGAAGACCAGAAGAAGAUCGACGUCAUCGACUGGCUUUUGUUUGACGCCGCCCACCGGGCUGAAGCCCUGAAGCAGUCCAACGCAAUCAUGAGAAGAUUUCUGGCUCUGGAGAAACACGAUGCGGCCAAGGCGGUCUUCUCCAAAGUUCCCGAGGAUUCCAUGCGACAAAUCUACUGCCAGGCGUCUCCUCUACCCGCCGAGGAUGACAACGCAAUCAGAGAGCAUCUGUGCAUCAGAGCCUACCUGGAAGCCCACGAAGCCUUCACCGACUGGUUCAGUCACAGUAGCUCCGCCCCCCAGAAGCCAACGCCUGCACCGGAAGUGAAAUUCACCGAGCAAGUAGCCAAUGAGAUGAGAGAGAAAGAGUACCAGGCCGCGCUGUCCGCCUGGUCAGGCCGCUUGGACGUCCUGACCGAAGACGUGAAGGAAAGAAUUUACAACGUGCUGCUGUUUGUCGACGGCGGCUGGAUGGUGGACAACGUGCAGGAUUCCGAGCAGGAUGCGGCGCGCAGCCACCAAAUGUCGGCGCUGCGCUCACUGUGUCUGCCCCGCCUCACCUUCCUACUGCUCAGCGUGCUGCAGAGCUCCUCCAGACACCAGGAGGCGCUGCGGCUCGCCGACAUCAUCUCGGCCGACCAUCACGGCCUCUACAAGGUGUUUUCUAAAGACGAGCUGAGACGAUUUGUUCAGAAGUUGAGGAAGUCGUCCCUGUCGCUGUUGGACCAGGGACUCGACCCGCUCGGCUACGAGUUACAGCCGUGAGGGCCCCUGGAUUGUUUUGGUUGUCCAUAUUUUCCUAAUAAAAUAUCUGUUUUGCA